AUGCUGGCCUGCGGCCUGGCCUGCGAGCGCUGCAGGUGGAUCCUGCCCCUGCUCCUGUUCAGCGCUAUCAUUUUCGACAUCAUCGCGUUGGCCGGCCGCGGAUGGCUGCAGUUGAACGGUACCGACCAGGAGUCCUCGCUGUGGUGGCGGUGUACCAACGCGAACAACUGCGAAAGCCUCAUGGACUUUGCGUGGGGAAGGGCAGCUGCCGCCAUGCUCUUCUGUGGCUUCAUUAUCCUGGUGAUCUGUUUCAUCCUGUCUUUCUUUGCCCUCUGCGGAUCCCAAAUGCUUGUCUUCCUGAGAAUGAUUGGAAGCCUCCUGGCCCUGGCUGCUGUGUUCCAGAUCAUCUCCCUGGUAAUCUACCCUGUGAAGUAUAACCAGACCUUUAUCUUGGCUAACAACUCUGGUGUCCUUUACAUCUAUAACUGGGCCUACGGCUUUGGGUGGGCGGCCACAAUUAUCCUGAUUGGCUGUGCCUUCUUCUUCUGUUGCCUCCCCAACUAUGCAGAUGACCUGCUGGGCAAUGCCAAGCCCAGGUACUUCUACACAUCUCCCUAA